UUUGUCGUGUCAAAAUGUCGUUCAUCUUUGUAAUUUCAUUUACCGAUCGUACAUUUAAUUGAAUUUAAAAAUAGAACCGGGUAUUUGAAAUUAGUAACUUUAAAAAGUUAUUUUACGAACCGUUAGUUCAAAAUAGAACAAUAAUAAUGUCGGAGAAUAUUCAACAACCCACAAUCCAGUAUAUUCUUAAUGAUACAGAAUUUAUUUUCGAUUCUCCCGAUCUAAAAACUGACGAACUAAACGAUAUAAUUUAUACUGAUGGAAACCAAGCUUUCAUACUAAACGGGCAUUUAUUGCAAGGAGAACCGACAACUUUAGUAUUACAAGAAGGCAAUGAUAUUGGUCAAUACUUAAUUAACGAUGAUAAAGGUGAAUUGUUAAUAGCAAAUAUAGAAAACAGUACAGUAACUUCAGGACAAGAUACUCAACAAAUCAUACAAUACCUAGAUGAAGAUGGAAAUAUCACAGAUCCAUCAGAAAUCAUUUUCGUCAAUGAAAACGACUUAAUCACAUCACGGGAAAAUUGCAUGCAAUAUCAACUCGCAGAAAUAACGGAUAAUACUCAAGAGGAAAUUAUAAACGUGGUAGAUGUAAAGCAAGAAAAUGCCAACGAUAUGCAAUUAAAUGCUACCGAUUGGUACCAAUACUCUACAGUAAAUGACAACUCCAUUUCAUCAGACAAAAGUACUAACGAUGGUCCAGAAACAAACACUCUUUUGAAUACUUCAGCCAUUAAAGGGAAGAACUUGCUCACUGGGCAAGUGGUAACUUUGGAUAGUUACAUGAACAAAAUCCAAAAUAAAUUUAAGCUGUUCUCUAAGAAUUCUCUGUCUUGGAAGAAACCCAAGCACAAUUUAAACGCGUUUCUGAACAAAAAAUUCAACCUAGGCUUAACUAUUGGCGGUAGGCAACUUGUAGGUAAAAUUGUUCGUGUAGGUAACAAAGAAGUAGAUGAUUCAAAUGCCUCGGAAGACGAAUUCAUGGACAAUACUGACAAUUCUAAUGACGGUACAACUAAUUUACCGAACACUUCUGAGGAUAUUUCGGAACCCAAAACAAAACUGUUCUCCAAAAAAUCCGAUCAAUUUAACAGAGUCUUCAAAAUUCUAACUGAUCUAAUGAAAAUGCAGGACAUUAAUAAGCAGUUAUGCGCGAAGAACAUCAGGGUUAAAGUCAUAGAUAAGCAUUGUAUUUCUGACAAAAAAAUUAACACUCACGUUUCGUUUAUCAGCGGCUACAUGGAAUCUAAUGGCAAAAAUGAAAAGGAGCAAGAAUGGACUUUUGUGCCUGAUAUUGUUAGACCAGAGUUCACUCAACAACAUGUAGAAAAAAAGUCGCAAAAGAAAUACACCGACAACAUUAGUAUAACAAUCUUGACAACUUACCAAAAAAACGAAAGUUUCGUGCAAGUUAUCUUCGACGAUUUAUCUUCUAAUCUACAAUGCGACUAUUGUACUAACACGUUCAACGAUGAUUACAUGUUAAAAAGUCACUUGAAUAAUGUGCACAGAAGAUGCGAAUAUUGCAAAAUUUUGUUCAACGAUUUAGUUCGAUUAAGGGAACACAAAAAGGUUCAUUUGCAAUCGAGCGACAUGAAAAUUUGUCCUGUAGGUAACUGCAAAAGUUCGUUCAAAACUGAAGUUUUGCUAAAAAAGCAUUUAGAUAGACAUAAAUUGGAAGAUACCACUUACAGUGAAUUGAGUGAGUCAAACCUAAAUCAAUGCCAAAAUAAUUUGAACGUUCAUCCAAAGACGAGUGUUCGAAGUGAUUUAAAUAUCAAAAAAAUAAUUAGGAAUUGCUAUGCUUGUACCAUUUGUAAACGAAGAUUUUCGAGGCAGUUUAAUCUCCAAAGACACAUGGAAGUGCACAAAGGAGCUGAGCAACUUUACAAGUGUUCUAUUUGUGAUUGCUCGUACCAUUACGUAUCGUCUUUAACAAGACACAUUGUUCAAAACCACGUCCAAAUAAACAGAAAUGAUGAUUAGGCGUGAAAUGAGUGGUCUAAAAUAGCAAUUAAGUUUGAAAAAUUAUUUAAGAUAAAAUUGACUGCC